CAGAAGCAGGGGCCCGCAGUCAAACGGCCGGAGAAAAUGAACGUCGUGUCUGGACGAUCUUCACUUAUGUGAUUUUUACACAUCCUCCUCUGGCAAGAAGUUACAAUGAGGCAAACUCACAAGAAGUAACUGCACUGGACUUUGAAGAAUUUGGCUUUUUGAAGGAUUAUUGCUAUACAGUUAGACGCAGUUGGCAGUAUUGCAGACAAGGUAUCACUAUGACAACCAUCAAAAGUACCCAGAAGCUACGGUCACCCGUGGGAAGCUAUGACCAGAAACUGGACCAGAGAGUAGUGAAGCACGAGUGCCUUCGAGAUCGCAACAACACAACGACUUGCCGUAGCCCAACAAGAAUGCGAGACAUGGAGUGGAAGCGGAAUGAACUACAGCGGAAAAGACAGAAGGAGUUUCUGAAACGGCGGCAGAUUGACCAGACAGUGGUGCCUUUGGUGGCCGAAGUUAACAAAAAGCCCACAGUAGUCCUACGUGUAAACUCUCGUAAGGCCAACCCGUUGGACCGACGAUCCCUGGUUAUGGCAGAAGACCUCGGAAUCGCAUGGCCCGACCCUGCAUCCAUUAAACAGGCCCCGUGGAUGCAGCCAGCUGGCCAUCUGAAUUGGGAGAGUGAGGUGAGGGAGCGGCAUGUAACCAACAGGUCAACACACAUUUUCCCUCUACUUAGAGAGAGAACCCCACUGGAGAGGGCAUGCACAAAGAUGGACAGAGGGACUCAGACGCAGGAUGGACUGUUGAACAACCAACACUCACAGCGGGAUAUCAGCGCCCAGACAGAGGCUGGCCUCAUAACUGUGAAGGAAUCGGACCUCCUCCAGCUGGCAGACUACCUACAGGAGGCUCUCUGGAGAGAGGAGAACCUCAAGCACAAAGUCGCCUUCCUCCAGCAAAGCACAUCUGCCCUGCUGCUCUCCUCUGACAAGCUAUGGAUGACGCGCUGCAGCGAGGACCUGACGAGGACCCGGAUCGAGGCCCUGGAGUCACAGCUGCAGGUGUGCGCACAGAAGUUCCGACGGGAUGGAGUGAAGAAGCUGGUGCUGCAGAUGGAGGAGCAGAAAAGGACUUACGAAGAGAAGGCCGUGGCUGCACUGCAGAAAGCAAUGACAGAGAAGAUGGAUGCAGAGAAGAAACUGGAGGACCUGGAGGGGGCGCUGCAGGCUGCCAGGGCAGAGUCAGCACGGUGGGAGGGCCUGUACCUGGAACUGAAGGAAAGCUGUGAAGUGCUGCGCAGGAGCCAGGAGGAAACCACCGACAAGCUUCACCAGCUGCAAAGCCACCUGGAGAGAGGGGAGGGGCAGGAGGCGGAGCUGAGGUGCCAACUGCAGGUCCUGCAGCUGGAGGGGGCGGAGUUAUGCUCACAAAUAGCCCAGUUGGAGGAGGACAACCAGCUGAAACAGGAGCAGCUACAGGAGAUGAGAGGGAAACUUUGCCAUUUGGAAGACCCCAGCUUGAGUGGAAGCUUCUUUCAAAGUCCCAGCCGGGACAUGUGGAACUCCAUCGCACAGCUGUGUGUGUCAGAUGGUCGGCCCACCGUGGGCCCAGCCCCAGACUCCGAAUCCACGGCCGAGGCCCGGCUGCAGGCCGAGCUACAGGAGACCCAGCAGAGGCUCACCAUGAAAGAGAAGGAGUGCACGGACCUGCAGGCAGAGCUGGAGGCUGUGGAGCAUGAGUGUCAGUCAUGUCUCUUCCGCCUGAACCAGUGUCGAGAGGAGCUGAGACGCCUAAAUGCCCGCCAGAGCCAGAGCAGCUGCUGCUCCUGGGUGGGUGUGGGUCUCCUCCUGGGCAUGACCAUGGUGGCACUACUUCUGCUGCUCAUGUACAGCCCCAUGUAUGCUGACCAGUUACAUGGGGUGUGUCGGAGCUUGAGGCAGAGCGUGGAGAGGUACCUCCAGGAGAUGACGUCGCCAAAGCACUCGGGAUGCUAUAGACCAGUAUAAUAACAGCUCCAAGGAAGAGAGCCGCACCUAGGUGUUUUUAAGGGACAUGUUCUUCCAGAAGCGUCGGAGAAAAAACUGAAUGUGAAGUUUAUUUUGAAGAACACUUGUGAAAUUGUGUGUGUGUUAGAGAAGAGCUAUGUUAUUAAAUAAUAUAUUAUGGCAAAUGAGAAAUUUGAAAAAAUAUAGUUCAGGGACCACAACUUCAGUGUUCAUCAGGCCAGGGGGCCAGAAAGAGUCAAACCUUCCCAAAGAAGCUGAUAUACAGCAUAGACAUGCAAGUUUCCAGUAUUUUUCAAGUGAAGGUAAUAGUUGGUUUAGAUAUGAGAACUGUUAUACUCUUUUCAAGAGGAGCUCAAUAUGCUUAUUUUGAUUUUCAGCAAGCUCUUUGCUUAGUUCACCAGAGUGGUAGUGAUGAUUGGAGCACCAGAGCACUGGAUGGUCUGUAUCUUCAAUAUGGUACACAGGUACUGUAUUACCGCGGUCUGCAACACUGUCCAUUUAGCUGGCAGGAAAUUUCAAAUUUCGCUCAUUACAAAAGCGCUCAGAAUUGACUGACAAUCAGGGGUUUGGGGGGAUCUUUUAAUAAUCCAGUGACAGAGGAAUAUUUAGCCAUAGCAUCCACUUUAACUACAAACUGGAGGCUGAACUAGUUUAACCCUGUAUGGUUUGAAAACUGUUAUGCACUUGAGGAAAUGAAUUAUUAUCAGUCAUUUUUCACUUAAUGUCACGGUACUGUACUUAAAAUUAUUUUUACUUACCUGUACUAUAUGUGUGAUCAUAGGUAUUUAAAAUAUGUUUGUUACAUGUAUUAACUGCUAAUAAAAAGCGCAUCUUUUAAGUGGAAUUCAAAGUGACGUCCAGUUCAGUGUGAACAGGAGCACAUCAGCCACAGA